AGAAAAGUAUUGGUGCUUUGGAUAAAAAUAUCUGGAGACACUUCAAAAUUAUGAAACAUGGAUUCAUAUUGAAGGUGUUGAGAGGCAAUGAUGAUUUCUUGGAGUUCCAUGAUAACGAAAGCAAUCCUUUUAAUCCAAAAAAAAUGUGGCUCCAUUCGAAAGUAGUCGAUGUCUUAUGGAAAGUACACCAAUACAAAUAUCUCUACUCUGAUUCAAAGGGUACUGAUCAGUUAGGUCCUUCCAUCCAAUCACAACAAAACACACUUUGUAUUUCAAUGUUCAUGGCACUCUGUGAUACAUGUUCAUUGACACUGACAAUUAAAAACAGGAACGAGAUUUUAUUGAGAGAAACAUUCAAUACUACGAAUGAAGUGUGGAAGCCAAUCAAAGUAAUUUAUGACAACUCGAAAUUGAAAGGUGAGGAAUUAUUAAUGUUUUCUACCCGGAUACAGAAUGCACCAGACACUGAUAAAGGAAUGUGGGCUUUAGAUGAUGUCAGAUUGUGUAAUAAAGAUGAAUAUAGGUAUUUGAUAUCUGAAGAAACGAAUACUCCUUGUCAAACGAUUGCGAUUCAAGAAGAAACACUUCUGAUUACUGACGGAAAUGAUGAAAUAAAAACUCAUGGUAUAAAAUGUCCAGAAAAUUCAUUUGGCAAACGGUGCAUACCGUGUGCAAUUUUUGGGGUGGAUUACUGUUGGGAUUUUGAAUACUGCGAAUAUAUCGAUGGUCAUAAAGAAUGUCAUUGCACACCUGGAUAUGAAGAUAGUUGCAGUAAAGAAUGUAAACUUGGCACCUAUGGUCAUGGAUGUCAAGAAAAAUGCUCUCCAUAUUGUUCAGAUACGAGUUGUCGUCAUAUAGAUGGAAUCUGUGAGGAGGCUUGCAAGUAUUCUUUCACAGGACAGAAGUGUGAAAAACCACCUGAACCAUUCUUUGUUCAUCAACCGAUUGUGUCUGACAUCACAUUUUCUUCGACACAAGUGAAAAUGGAAAAUUUCGAAGUGGUAGGAUAUGAUGACAGGUAUCCUUCCUAUGUUUUUCAGUACAUCGAAGACCCUAAUCAAUUUUCGAAUGAGGAGCAAAGCUCAUCUAAGAAUGAUCAGAAUUGGUGGAUUCUUGUUGGUGAUAAGUUAACCAUCAACGAAACAAAAUUCGUUUUGAUAACAAAUUUGAAAUCAGAUACAUAUUACAGAGUGAGAGCCGUGAUUAAUAUCAAUAGAAAUGGUAGAAAAUUGAAAGAAGAUAAGGAUUUCGUGCAGUCUACCAGAUGGAAAACUCCAUGCAAUGAAAUAAGUGAUUCUGACAUCAAAAUUGAACCUCAUAACAUCACUGCAUCAGUAACUGUGAAGGUA